GCGAGAACGCCAGGUAUCAAUAGUCACUACAUAAACAAUGUUUAGUCAUUUGGCCAACGUUCUUGCAUUAACCAGGAAACUGAGUUUCUUUUGUUUAUUCUAUUUAAAAGGAAAAACGAACUUGCAAUGAAGGCUAUGGAAAAAACAAUAUCACUUAUUUUACAAAUAAUUGUAUUGUCGACUGUUCAUGUAAAUAGUAAACCUUGUUCGCAGUCCAAUUCGGAAUGUAAGCAAGUAAGAAUGCCACUGAUUUCCAACGACCUAAAAGCACCGCUUGUAGCUGAAUUUGAUAUAACUUCAGUGAACCAACAGUUGGAAAGUUACAUCAACGAUGAUAUUAAAUCAACAUUUUCUGAGGAGAUUCAAGACAUGGUAAAAAAUGAGAAAGACGAGACAAAGACAUCCAUGUUACAAGAUUAUUCGUUAAAACUGAACACGACAAAAAAAGAAUACGACAAGCGAUUUUCAAAUAUAAUUCAAAAUCUUAAGGCCAAGCAAAGGGAGAUAAAGCUUGAAGUAUCUGAAGUUUACAAAAACUUAAGUGAAAGUAAAUCUACCUUUAAUACUGAAUUAACAGAUUUGUUAAGUGGGUUUGAACACAGACAAGAAAGUUUGAAAUUAGCAAUGUUAUCAGAAUAUCUAUCGAAGCUGCAGCAAUCACAAGACUCUAACAACCAAAAAUUUCACGAUCUUGCGAGUGACCUAAAAUCUCAAUUUGCUAAUUUGUCACAAGAACUUAAAGAGGAAUUCAUGAAAAGUACUACUAAUUUGCAAAUCCAAAGGCAGGAAUUAGAAGAAUGGAAAACAAAUUUGAUGGAAACAUUAAAUGAUACACUUGCACCAAUUGAGUACAAGUACAAGGACUGCAGCUAUAUGAGAGGCGAUAAAAACAAACGAAGUGGAGUAUAUACCAUAUAUCCGGAUGAGAUAAAUGGGAUCAAGGCUUACUGUGAUAUGUCUACUGACGGCGGAGGAUGGACCGUAUUUCAAAGAAGAAUAGACAGAAAGACGAGCUUUGACAGAAACUGGAUAGAUUAUAAGGAAGGCUUUGGUGAUCCACAGAAGGAAUUGUGGCUUGGUAACAAAUAUUUAAACAUUCUUACAAGUAAAGAUAAAUACGAACUGAGAGUUGACCUUACUGAUAAAAACAACAAGAAAACAUAUGCUCUAUUCAAAACUUUUAUUGUUGGAGACGAGAAUUCAAAGUACAAACUCACCAUUGGAGAUUACAGUGGAACCGCCGGUAAUUAUAUGGCUCACAACAACGGUAGAGCGUUUAGUACAAAGGAUAACGAUAACAGUCAUAAAUGUGCUGUCGGUCAUGGCGCAUGGUGGCAUGGUGCAUGUAGUAAUUCAUGGCUCAACGGCAUGGACUCUAAACACUAUUAUUGGCAUGGAUAUAAAUAUAAUAAAACUAAGAUGAUGAUUAGAAAAAUAUUGUAAAAGUUCAGAAAAAACGAUGAUGAAAAAAACGGAAUAUGCUUACUCUAUUUUGUUUGUUUUCUUGAAAUCUGAUUAGAAAUAUAAAAAAAUACAACAAAUGUAA